AUGGGUGAACCUGACCCAAGUCCUAGUACUUCUCAGACCUUAAUAAGCAAGUUAGAUAUUGGAGAUCCUUUGUAUCUCCAUCCUAGUGAUUCUAGUGCGUUGACAAUUGUGAGUAUUAAGUUGAAGGGUACAGAGAACUAUUCUAUCUGGUCUAGUGCUAUGAAAUUGGCUUUAGAAGCUAAAAAUAAAUAUGGUUUUAUAACUGGUAAAUGUGAAAGAUCCACAGAGGAUCAUGUACUAGCUAGUCAGUGGGAUAGGUGUAAUUCUGUGGUUUUAACUUGGCUUUUAAACUCUGUUUCUGAAGAAUUAUUUUUGGGUCAAGUAUUUUCUUCAACUGCUUCUGAGGUUUGGGAGGAUUUAAGGGAAACCUAUGACAAGGUGGAUGGGUCUGUGGUUUAUGAUUUGUUUAAAAAAAUAAAUUGUAUUUCACAAAAUGGGUCAUCUGUGGCAGACUAUUAUUAUAGGCUGACCACUAUGUGGAAACAGUUUGAUGCUAUGCUCAAACUUCCCACAUGUUCUUGUAAAGCUGCAAAAGAUUAUAAUGAUUUUUCAAUGUUGAUAAAGUUAAUGCAAUUUCUAAUGGGAUUAGAUGACAUAUAUCAACCUGUUAGAACAAACCUGUUAACCAGGGAAGUCUUUCCAUCUGUCAAGGUUGCAUUUGCUGUGGUUUCUAGGGAGGAAUCACAUAGGCUUUCAAGUAAUGGGUCAAAAGGGCAGGCACAAAAUGUGGCUUUUGUGUCUAAACCAAGUCAGAAUGUCACACUGUUGAAAGAUGUUUUGAAAUCAUAG